AUGAAGAAAUGCAAAAAUGGAUAUGACAAGUACCUUCCUUUGUCAACUGCUCACAGACAAGUGGAUCCGUUUGUUUGGUGGGAUGAUAGAAAGGAUGAAUUUCCUUAUUUGCAUACAAGUGCAGCUUCUGUACCUUGGAAUGCUUAUUAUCAUGUUGAUAUUGGUAGCAAUGAGAAUGAUGAAUCCAAUGAAUUCCUCGAUAUUUCAAAAGAAAUGAAUGUGCACAAAAUUUUUAACGCAAUGUUGGCAUUUGGCCGUGGUAAAACAUUUUUUUGGUCAUUUGGUCGGCCAAGACUUUCUCAAUUUGAUAUAAAACCGUCACAUGAUUUUAUAUACAUUUGUUGGCCAAAAAAUCCUGCAAAAUUUUCAAGUGAUCCCAUCAAACUGUCCGCUUCAUGUGUAAAGCCUCCUUCCAUUGAUUCAUUAUUAGAUUCAAAAAUAAUGGCAACGAAAUUAUGGUUAGAAACAACUUUAAAAAAUGAAAAUAUCCAGUUUUUUGAAUACCAGUCAUUCGAACAAAUUACUCCAAUACCCCAACGUCAAAAUGCUCAAAAUAAAUUAUAUUGGGCAAUUUGGAAAAAAAAUCAACAACAUUUAGCUCUAAAAUCUUUUAAUAUAAAUUAUGAAAACAUCAAUCAUAAAUUAAUAGAAAGAUUUUUAAUUUUACUUAAUAAGAUUAAUUAUCAUGCAAAUAUAAUUAGAUUUUUUGGUUUAAGUCAAGAUAUUUCCACCAAUAAUUAUUACAUGGUAAUACAAUACGCUAACGGCGGUUCAUUACGUCAAUAUUUGCAACGUAAUCAUCAUCAGUUAACAUGGAACGAUAAGAUUAGAAUAGUUAAUGAGAUAGCAACUGGACUUUAUGCAAUACACCAGGAAAAUCUUUCUCAUAAAAAUUUGCAUCCUAAUAACAUAUUAAUUCAUGAUGGUAGAACAAUGAUUUCAGAUGUUUUGAAAAUGAUUACAAUGGGUCAACGAGAACAAUUGGUUGUACCUGGUGCCCCGAUCAAUUAUGUGCAAUUGUAUAAACAAUGUUGGGAUGCUGAUCCUAUGAGAAGACCUUUAAUUAAUCAAAUAAUUCAAGCAGCACGUUAUUCAACAGCAGAGAAGAUCAUAACAGUUUUUCUUGGAUUGAAAAGUCAAAAAAUAAAUAUUGUAAGCAGAGAUAUUUACAAGAGAAAAUCAGCAAUUCAUUGUCUGGCAUGGAAUGAUGAUUUGUUCAACAUGGGAAUUUCUUUAAGACAAACUUUUUCAAGACACGAAAGCUUUCGUAAUGCAAUAAAAUGGUUAAUCUCAAACAAUGUUGAUAUAAAUUCUGUUGACAAUUUUGGUUGGACAGCUUUGCAUGAAACUAUUUGGAAAAGAAAAGAUCCAGGUGCAAUAUCAGCUCUAUUGGAGAAUAAUGCAAACCCUAAUCUGGCAGAUUGUACAGGUGCAACACCUUUACACCAGUGUUUUAUGCUAUUGAAAUAUUCUAAAAACCAAACUGAAAUUCAACAAUUAUCAAAUAUCAUCAAAUUAUUACUACAUUUUGGUGCUGAUCCAAAUCUAAGACUGCCUGACAAUUCAAUAACAGUUUCGGGUACUGUAUUGCCAAACAGUUUAUUUGCUGCCAUAUAUUUAGAUUUAGAACUAGAUAUUGUUGAGUUGAUUUUGAAAAAAGGUGGUCAACACAUACUGCUAGCUAAAUUUAAAGGUUUACUUCUGUUAGAUUUUGCUUCCAAGAUUAAGAACACAAAUGCAAUAAAGUUUUUCUCUGAAAAUAGACAUUUACUUAAUAAUAAAAGACUCAAUUUUAAUAAAAGAAAUAGUGGUAAUAAUAGUGUUAAAUCAAAAUCCUCCUUAUCAUCUUCAAUAACCUCUCCCAUAAAAAUAGAAAAAUCUUUAAAAAAUAAAUUUAACAUUGCACAUUCUAGAUGA